AUGGGCAGCAAGGAGGACAAGUUGGAGGUCUUCUUCAAGAGCGUGUUCAAGCCCUUUGCUAAGGUCCUGGGCAUCUCCGACAAGCCGAGGGAGACCAGGAAGGAGAAGCCGGCGGCGAUGGGGAAUGCAUGCUGCACCCCCCCGGACCAGUUCCCCAAACAACAAGGGGUGGUGCCCCGACAGGUAUCGCGCCUCACACCCACAAGCAGCAACCUGCAGGUGACGAAAACUGGUGUGAGCGUACGCGACAUCUACCGCAUCGGCCGCACUUUGGGAACUGGAGGGUUCUCGGUGGUCAAGCUUGCCACGCACAAGGAGACGGGCGAUGAGUAUGCCUGUAAAAUCAUGAGCCUGCCCCCGCCUGGCGCCUCCAAUGCCGCCGAGGUGACGCGGGAGGACAUCUUCAAGGAGAUCAACAUCCUCAUCUCCCUGGACCACCCCAAUAUCAUCUACCUGCGGGAAUACUUUGAGGAGGGGAACAAGGCGUACCUGGUCAUGGAGUACCUGGGAGGCGGCGAGCUGCUGGACGCGGUGCUGGACAUCGGGCACUACUCUGAGAACGAGGCGCGCAUCAUCUUCCGCCAGAUCGUGGCCGGCGUGGGGUACCUCCACUCCAAGGGCAUCGCCCACCGCGACCUGAAGCUGGAGAACCUGCUGAUGGCCAAGCGAGGGGACAUCAUGGGCGUGAAGAUUGCCGACUUUGGGUUAGCAAAGGGCCAGGCCGCCACCUCGCUGUCCACCAUCUGCGGCACGCCACAGUACGUUGCGCCGGAGGUCAUCGCCAAGGGCGCCAAGAGCGGCUUCCACUCCUACAAGCUGUCGUGCGACGUCUGGUCGUGCGGCGUCAUCCUCUUUGUGCUGCUGGGCGGCUACCCGCCCUUUUACGACGAGUCGGAGCCGCGCCUGUUUGACAAGAUCAGGCGGGGCGCAUACUCGUUCAACGACCCUGUGUGGGAGCAGAUCAGUGACAGCGCCAAGGAGCUCAUCAAGCGGUGCCUGACCCUGGACCCUGCCCUCCGGCCCACCUGCGAGGAUAUCCUCAAUGACCCCUGGGUGAUGGGCAACGCAGUCUCGCCGCCCAAGGCGCAGCUGCUGGCCACCAAGUCGCACCUGCGCACCAGCAUGCGGCGCCAGCGCGGCGCCGGCGCCAGCAACGCGUCGGAGCCUGCGCACCAGCCACCCGUGGCCGAGGAGUCCAUCAUCGCCCAGCUGGCGGCGGAGGAGCGGGAGGAGCGGCACCUGCAGGAGGAGAGCGAGGAGCGGGCGGCCGACGCCGCGCGCGCCUGA